AGUAGUCGCCGUUGUUGUGAAGAUGCGUGCGGAGGGGAAAACGGCGCAUUUUUCGGAAAAAACGUUACAUUCGUCAUACUUGAAGGAUUUUCGCGUGGAACAAUGUCCGCUCUUCCAGCAACACAAGUGCAAUCAGCACCGGCCAUACACGUGCUUUCAUUGGCACUUCAAAAACCAGCGUCGAAGGCGUCCCAUCCUCCGUCGUGAUGGAGCCUUCAACUACAGUCCUGAUGUGUACUGCACUAAGUAUGACGAGUCCACUGGAGAAUGUCCAGAUGGGGAAGAGUGUUCCAACUUGCAUCGCACGGCGGGCGACACGGAGCGGCGCUACCACCUGCGCUAUUACAAGACGGGCAUGUGUGUGCACGACACGGACUCGAGAGGGCUCUGCGUCAAGAACGGCGUGCACUGCGCGUUCGCUCAUGGUCAGAACGAUCUGAGGCCGCCCGUGUACGACAAGAAGGAGCAGGAGAUGAUCGACCACCCGGAGACGGACGUGAACGGCAGCGGUCCCAACAGCCUGGACAAGGAGCGCAACAUGAUGAGCGAGGAUCCCAAGUGGCAGGACACCAACUACGUGCUGGCCAACUACAAGACGGAGCCGUGCAAGAAGCCGCCGCGUCUCUGCCGCCAGGGCUACGCCUGCCCGCAGUUCCACAACCCGCGCGACAAGCGGCGCUCGCCGAAAAAGUACAAAUACCGGUCCACGCCGUGCCCGAACGUGAAGCAGGGCGACGAGUGGGGCGACCCGAACAGCUGCGAGCACGGCGACGGCUGCCAGUACUGCCACACGCGCACCGAGCAACAGUUCCACCCGGAGAUCUACAAGUCAACGCGCUGCAACGACGUGCAGCAGAACGGCUACUGCCCGCGCGCCGCCUUCUGCGCCUUCGCGCACGUCGAGAACGAGAUGGUGACGAGCAGGGAGGUGGGCGCGCCGGGCCUCACCUGCCUGGCGGAUAUCGUGUCGUCGGCGCUGCCGCAGGACGAGGGCGGCUCGGUGCGCAAGAUCUCGGACCACGGCGACGGGCCGGGUCACAAGCCGCAGCGCAACGGCCGGCUCUCGCUGUCGGACCUCAACAACAGUCCGCUGCCGGCGCACGGCAAGUCGCGCACGUUCAGCGGCCCAUCAUCGUCGGCCGCCGAGCCGCUGCCGUUUCACGCGUCGCCGGCCGCCGCCCUGGCCGGCCACCCGCCGGCCGCAGCCGCCGCCGCCGCCGCCAGCUACGCCAAGGCGCCUGGCAGCGAGCGCUGCGACAAAGACGCGCAGCUGCGCCGGCGGCUGCACGAGAUCGACACCGACCCGCACAUGGACCCCAUGGAGAAGCUGCGCCGCAAGAACAGCCUGUUCGCCUCGCUGGGCGUGUCGCUGUCGUCGAGCGGGCCGGCCGCCGCCGGGCCGCGCCUCUACGCCGCCCCGGACAGCAUCGACGGCAUGAUGGGUCAGAUGUCGCUGGACCCGGCCGGCGAGGCCGACGACGGCGUGAUGGCGCAGAUCGACCGCGAGCUGGAGCGCGAGGAGCGCGAGUCGCAGCUGGCGCUGGGCGCCGCGCUCUCCUCGGCGCCGGUCAACAUCCCCGGCUCGGGCCUGGGCGAGCGGCUGGCCGGCCUCUCGCCGUCGGCCGGCUCGCCGCUGCUCUCCGGGCUGGCGCUGCUCGGCCAGCGCGCCGGCGGCAGCGUCGACCAGGGCCUGCUCGGCCGCAGCAACUCCAUCUACGGGUCCAGCAGCCUGUUCGAGUACGGCGGCAGUCCGACCAAGCCCGGCCUGGGCGCCAUCGGCGGACCGAUCAUGUCGCAGAGUCCGCUGGUAGGCGGCGGCUUCGGCGCCAUCGAGGUGCAGCGGCUGCGCGAGGAGCUGGCGCAGAACCGGCUGAAGCUGGUGCAGUGGGAAGAGAGCCUGCUGCAGGCGCGCACCGCCUGCGAGGCCUGGCAGCGCGAGGCCGAGGAGAACAAGCUACGCGCCAAGCGGGCCGAGCAGGGCCGCGACGAAACGCAGCGACGGCUGGCCGCCCUGCAGCGCGACAUCGACGCCAUCAGGUCUGAGCUGCACGUGGUGCGUCCGGCGACCGACCUCGACUCACUGCCGGUUAACACGCUCAGCACGCUGAAGGCGCAGCUGGCGGCCGACCUGGAACGGGUGGACCAGGCGAUCAUGACGCAGAUGCGCCACGCCCAGGUGGCCCCCGGCCAGCGCUGGUUACAGUAGCCACGCCGUCAGCUAGACGCAUUUUCCAAUAGGGUGGGCCGGGGCGGGGCGGGGAAGGGAAGGGGGCUGCCGGGCGGCUGUGCGUGGCGACGGUCUGACCUCGAACAGGGCCGGGCUUCGGUCGGCGGCCGGUCUUCGGUCGACAGGCGGACCGCCGGGCUCCGGGCCGCGGCCGUGGCUCGGGUGGGCGCUGACCUGUCUCAAAAGGACUCGGCUGUUUUUUAUUGUCCCAUGUUGCGCCGUCGCUUUGCCUCCGCGCUCUUGCGUGGUGUGCGCGUCGUCUGGCGCCGCGGUGGCCGGUCUGCCGCCGGCCCGUGCGGCGCAGCAGACCAGCCCGGGCCAGUAGGGCGUCGGCGGCUGACGGGGGCGGCGCCGGCCGAGGUAGGGCGCUCGCUCGUAGAGCUGCGCAGUUCUCAAAGGAAGCGACCGUCUGUAGAGCUUGUACAUCGUGUUUGCGCUGCGCCGCGUACGGUUUAAGGAGCGUCGUCUUCGAGCGCGUGCGGCUGGGGGGCGGGCUGGCGUGAGCGACGCUGACGGGGAGGCGCGACGGCGCGUGCUGCCGGCUGGAGGUGCGGCGCUGGUGGACGCCGGAGUCGCGCCGCGUCGGGGGGCAGUGCUCGGGGCCGGCCGGACCGUCCUGGCGGUCUGGUCCCCGCUGAGGUGCGCUGUCCAGCUGUGUUGGCCCUAACGGCGCUGUAUAUUUUGUACCCGACUCUCUGCUGCCAAUGCUUAUAGUUUGCAGCUCUUGUCUUUACCGUUGGCCUAUAGCCGGUGCUCGCACACCGGGCGCGAGGAGCCUGCCCCUUUCCGAUUUUACAUAUUUUGUAUCCCAGUUACCACUGCUCGGUAGGCAGGUCGUCGCCGCGGCCGCGACCCCUCCAGAUGCCGCGAUUUUGUAUCCCGCCCUGUACCUGCCGCUUCAGUUUACUUUUGUCCACCCUACGCCACAGCCGCGUGUCUCUGCGGUCGCGGAGCCCCGGGGGCGGCGGCGGCGCCGGCGCGCGCCUGUUGUAAGCAGCAGCCGACGGCGCGGCGGGUAGUUGUAUUCCAUGUGGCGGCGAAAGCGGCGCGGGGCUGGCAGCAGGGACAGCGCACAUCGGCUACCUCGUUACACCGCGCCGAGUGCGGGCGCAGCGAGCGGGCGACGUUCGGUCCCGGCGGCGGCUACAAAUAAACCAUUUUUAUCACGUG